AUGUCUAAUGUAACCAUCAUUCUGGAUUUUCUGCUUCUGGGAUUUUCUGAGCAACGAGAGUUUCAGAUUUUACAGUUCGUGGUCUUCUUAGCAAUUUACUUGACUAUCCUUGUUGGAAAUCUUCUCAUCAUAAUUUUGGUAGCUCUUAACACCCACCUUCAGACCCCAAUGUAUUUCUUCCUUAUCCAUUUGUCAAUUGUUGACCUUGGCUCCACCUCUGUCAUUAUUCCCAAAUCAAUGGCCAAUGCCCUCAUGAACACAACACGGAUUUCAUAUUAUGAGUGCGUUGCACAGAUAUUUUUCUUUGUUUUUUUCCUGUCAUCAGAUUUGUUCCUUCUCACUGUCAUGGCGUAUGAUAGAUAUGUUGCCAUCUGCCACCCACUGCACUAUGUAUCUUUGAUGAAGUGGGGAAGCUGCAUCCAAAUGACAGGUGGAGCCUGGAUGGCAGGUUUGCUGAAUGCUCUUCUGCAUACUGGCACCAUUUUCUCACUGCCCUUCUGCUCCAAUGCCAUCAACCAGUUCUUCUGUGAAAUCCCACAUCUAAUCAAGCUCUCCUGCUCUGAUUCCUACCGCAAGGAAAUGUGGACUCUUCUCUUUAGUUCAAUAUGUGGUCUCGUCUGCUUUGUGCUCAUUGUCAUAUCCUACGUGCAGAUCUUCACCAUGGUGUUGAGAAUGCCCUCCAUGGCAAAAAGGCAAAAGGCCUUCUCCACGUGCAUCCCCCAUCUCACUGUUGUCUCCCUAUUACUUGGUACUGUUCUCUUUACUUAUCUCAUGCCAUCUUCCAUCUCUUCGUACAAUUUGGACAAGGUGUUUGCUGCCUUAUAUUCUCUAUUGCCUCCAGUAAUGAACCCAAUAAUCUACAGCAUGCGGAAUAAGGACGUCAAAGCUGCCUUGUGGAAGCUGUUUUAUGAGCAGCUUCCAACUAAGAAGACAAUGGCCUAA